AUGGUUAAUGCCAAGAUACGCUCAAUCGGAACACGCGACGCCCUGUCCGUGACAAGUUCAAAGUAUAUAUCUCUCGACUGUUCUCCGACCAGAGACUCAUUCUUGUCCACCACAGUCCCCGUCAAAGGAGACCCUGAGACAAUGGCACCGUCCUUCUCCGAGAUCAAGAUCUUUGCCAACCGUGAUCUUCUGGAGCAGCCCUUUCUCCCCGAACUGCGGGCGGUCAUCAACGCCAGCUACCGCAACCACGAGAUCGACCCGAUCGGCAAAAUCAGAGAUCGACUGCAGACCGAUACGCAAAUUGCAAACGAGGUGGGGGAAGGUGGUUUUACCGCCCUUGCCUUGGCGCGAGAUGAAAUCGUCGGCACGGCGAGCGUGAAAAAAUGGGAUCCAGAGGGCUUUGUUUGGAAAUCGCCGAGACGCUAUACGGGAAGAAGUGCCGAGGAGCUUCGGGCGCUGCCAGCCGCCGGCAGAGAGAGCGGUCAUUCUGCUACGGAUACUGUGCCUUGCGACGGAGAUUUCGAGGUUUUAAUCGUUGCUGUCAAACCCGGUGAAAGGUACCGCAAAAGGGGGAUUGCAGAGAGUCUGGUCAAGGCCUGUGAGGAGGAACUCCAGAGGAGAUAUACCCCAGAACCGAACGGGUCGUCGCAUUUGCGCGUGAUGGUCAAGGUCGUCCCGGAGAUCAAUGGACGCUACUGGUUGAAGAAAGGGUUUCGGGUUGUAGGAGAAGCAUACUGUCCACCUUUUACAUGGGAUUUGGCCGACGCGUUUAUUCUCUGGGCCAUGAGGAGGGAGUUGCAAGUAGGGGAUCCAUGUGAGCAAAUACUUUCUUCAAACUGA